AGGAGUAAAUAGCAUAAUCCCUAUCUUGGUUAAUGGCCAUCCAAGAAUUCUGAGCAUAGGAAAUUAGGAACAUGAUACGCAAAAGAUGAAUACCAGUCCUUCACCCUGAGAGUCUGUCUCUCUCUCUCUGUCAAUGGCGUCUUCACUCCCUUCAUCUCUCUCCGUGAUCCUUACACAACCUCACCGUUCCCUUCAAACACGAUGCUUCUUCUACGGCAUCAGGUUUCUAUCCAAGUACCCACUUCCUUCUUCCCAUUCUUAUUAUUGCCAUCGCAACUUCAAGAAGCUGCCCCUCAGAAGAAAGAGCUUUUCUCUCAAUGUCUCAAGAGAAUUUUCUCAAUCUAACCAUUCCUUUUCUAAUAAUAAUAGUAAAGAUGGUCCUGCUUUUCAACACUUCCUUGCCCAAGCUUCUCUCUCAGCUUCCCUAACCGAAUCACCACAAACUGCACAGGCGUUAGAAGUUCCUCUGGAUACUGAAAUUCCUGUAAGAGGCCGUAUUUAUCAUGAGACUUAUGGAUGUCAGAUGAAUAUUAAUGAUAUGGAGAUUGUUCUAUCUAUUAUGAAGGAUGCUGGAUAUAGGGAAGUGGUAGAUGUCCCUGAAAGUGCUGAGAUCAUUUUCAUCAAUACUUGCGCUAUCAGGGACAAUGCAGAGCAAAAGGUGUGGCAGAGGCUUAAUUACUUUUGGUUUCUGAAGAGACACUGGAAAAGUAAUGUUACUAUUGGAAGAUCACAGUCUCUUUCUCCUCCAAAGGUGGUUGUAUUGGGAUGUAUGGCCGAGAGAUUAAAGGACAAGAUACUUGAUGCAGAUAAGAUGGUUGAUGUGGUUUGUGGACCUGAUGCUUAUAGAGAUUUGCCACGUUUACUUGAAGAAGUAGACUAUGGUCAGAAGGGGAUCAAUACUCUUCUUUCACUUGAAGAGACUUAUGCUGAUAUUUGUCCAGUUAGAAUCUCUAAAAAUUCAAUCACUGCAUUUGUCUCAGUGAUGAGGGGUUGCAAUAAUAUGUGUUCAUUUUGCAUUGUUCCUUUUACUAGAGGUAGAGAGCGGUCACGUCCUGUGGAUUCAAUAGUGAAGGAGGUGGCAGAACUGUGGAAAGAAGGUGUAAAAGAGGUAACUCUUCUUGGUCAGAAUGUGAACAGCUAUAACGAUGCAUCUGGGGUUGAAAAUGAAGUUGAACCAGGAUCAAAUUGGAAACUUAGUGAAGGCUUUUCCAGCAUGUGCAAGGUGAAGAAGAUGGGAUUACGAUUUUCUGAUCUCUUGGAUCGGCUUUCUACUGAAUUUCCUGAGAUGCGGUUUAGAUACACAUCGCCGCAUCCAAAAGACUUCCCGGAUGACUUAUUGUAUGUAAUGCGAGACAAAUAUAAUAUCUGCAAAUCUAUUCAUUUACCUGCACAAAGCGGGAGUAGCACAGUUCUUGAGAGAAUGCGUCGAGGAUAUACUAGAGAGGCAUACUUAGAUCUUGUGCAAAAGAUAAGAAGGAUCAUGCCAGAUGUUGGGAUAACCAGUGAUUUCAUCUGUGGUUUCUGUGGAGAAACGGAGGAGGACCAUGAAAGCACACUAAGUCUUGUCAGGACUGUAGGUUAUGAUAUGGCAUAUAUGUUUGCAUAUAGCAUGAGGGAGAAAACACAUGCUCACAGGAACUACAAUGACGAUGUUCCUGAUAAUGUCAAGCAGAGGAGGCUUACAGAACUUAUUGAGGCUUUCCGAGGGAGUACUGGUCAAUGUUACGAUUCCCAGAUUGGAAGUAUCCAACUCGUGUUAGUGGAAGGGCCCAAUAAAAGAGCUCCAGAUACAGAACUUAUUGGCAAGACUGAUAGAGGCCAUAGGGUUUCAUUUAUCAAUCUGGCAGUACCAAAUAGGAGCGAGGGUUUCAUCAACAAGCGGAAUCCUGUAGUUGGUGAUUAUGUGGAAGUUCGUAUAUUAAAAUCUACACGAGCAUCGCUCUUUGGAGAGGCACUUGCCAUUACUAAAUUGAGCUUAUUUCAUAGCAAUGUAGAUCAAGAAGCUGUUGCAUGCGCAAGCUGAAGCAAACCCCUUCACGCAGUUCUAUAAUUUGAUCUGGGAAACUAUCAGAAGAUUGUUUCUUCUUGCUGGUAAUUGUUGGCUGUUUCUUGUUGGGAGAUUCAGAAGUUGUGCAUGCAGUCCUAAGUUGAUUGGAUGCUGAUAAUGUUGGGUUGGACAAGCUGUGGGAAAAGAUUGAAGCAUGAGAGAUAUACAAUAUAAUGUUUAAAGACAGGUUCUGUGAUUUCGGCUAUCUGCAACUGUAGAAUAGCUUAGAGGUGCUAAAUUUGUUACUAUCAUUACUAUUUCAUUUCAUUUCAUUUUAUGUAGCCUACUUCAGGUUUAUAGUGAUUAAGCUUUGUCACCCACAAUUUUUAGGAGAAAUUGUAAUUAAAAGAUCGAAAACGUUGUGUUUGAAAUAUCGCUUCAGAUCUCAAACCAAGUUCUCUUCCUUUCUAA